UCCUGCAGCAAGGAUGCACGUGUUCACGCGCUCUCGCAUUGCAUUUCAUGACUUUACAUUGUGUCACAUUUAAAAAAUAAAGCAGCAGCAGCAAAGAAAAAAGUAAAGCAAAAAGAAAAGAAAACGUAAAAGGGAAAAAGCAAAAAGCUGAAGCUAUUUAAUAACUGAAUCUCGGUGAGCUGCGUUGGUCACGUUCGAGACGAAUACACAAAAAUGCGACGCGCUCGUUUGUAUUUGUGUGUGUGUAAGUGAGUGUGAGUGUAAGUGUGAGCGUGUCUGAGUGUAGCUGUGUUUUUUUGGUGGCCAUACCUAUAGCUAAGCCGUACCUAAUGUGCCCCACACACACAUACACACCAACAAACAAAACACAUAUAUAGCAAUAAAAUAAUAUAAUACAAAAGGCAAACGGCAACGGCAACGCUCGUCGCAGUCGCAGUCGCAGUCGCAGUGACUGUCGCGCGUGUGACUGUGUCUAUGAUUAUGUCCGUUGCUUCUACCAAUGCCGUGCCCAUUGUCAUUGCUCGAGUGCUAAACGGACAUACAAUAUUUGCUAAGCACUAAGUUGCAAGCAAAAUUGAAAUCUAUGCAUGUGCGCGCGUGUUCGCAACUGUGUGUGUGUGUGUGUUUGCGUUCGCACCAAUGAAAUCAAGCCAGAGCUGCAAUUGAAUUGUGAAUUGUGUGGUGUGCGCUCAUAAAUAUAGAAUUUACACUAAUUAUACGCCAUUGCGCAAUCGUUUGUUAAAUAAAUCGACUUGACAUACAUUAACAAGCGCAGGGAGCGCACGGAUCAGCAGGAGCAACAGCAGCACCAGCUAUAGCCAAAAAUAACGCACAUCCAUUGUAUUUGUAAGGGGGCAUGACGCUCAAGAUGGCGCCAGGACACAAGCCGUGUGCAUGGAAUACACAAAGAGCGCUAAAUGACAGCUGCCUGUUGGGAAAAGAGCUUGCAUGCUAAACUGUUGCCCAGCACUUGAGAGAGCACAAAGCGCCCAGGGUGUCUUCAUCUUUGCUGUGUGUGGCUGCGCCACACAAAGAAACACACACACACGCACACAAGAAGCAAAGCAAACAAGCAUAAACAAAGAAUAAACUGCUGCUACUGCUACUGGUACAUCGAUCAACGUGAAAUAUGUCGACGGAAUACAAUUCAAGCAGCCUGCGACCCUCCUUCAGGCACCCGCUCAUAAAAGUGCUUUGGCUAACACAACUGUGGCUACUGCUGCUAUUUGAAUGCGGCGUGGUCAUCAGCGAAGUGCCUCCACAUUAUUGGGAAACACCGUACUCCCAGCCCUACUUUGAUAACUCAUCCCGGCGCGAGGUUACGGCUACGGUGGGCCAGGCGGCCCUACUGCAUUGCCGCGUGCGCAAUCUGGGCGAUCGGGCGGUAUCGUGGAUACGCAAGCGGGAUCUGCAUAUACUCACAGUGGGCAUACUGACCUAUACCAAUGAUCAGCGCUUCCAGUCGCUGCACUCGGAGGGCUCCGAUGAGUGGACGUUGCGCAUAUCGUCGCCACAGCCGCGAGAUUCGGGCACCUAUGAGUGCCAGGUGUCCACGGAGCCGAAAAUCAGCCAAGGCUUCCGCUUGAAUGUUGUGGUCUCGCGUGCUAAAAUACUUGGCAACGCCGAGCUGUUCAUCAAGAGCGGCAGCGACAUUAAUCUCACCUGCCUGGCAAUGCAGUCGCCAGUGCCACCGUCGUUUAUCUACUGGUACAAGGGUAAGCGGGUCAUGAAUUAUUCCCAGCGCGGCGGCAUUAAUGUCAUCACAGAACGCUCAACGCGCACCAGCAAGCUGCUGAUAGCCAAGGCCACGCCAGCGGAUUCGGGCAACUACACGUGCUCGCCAAGCAGCUCAGACUCUGCCUCGGUGGUGGUGCAUGUCAUAAAUGGCGAGCAUCCGGCUGCCAUGCAACACGGCAACAGCAGCGCCAACUGCCUGCGCUGCAGCAGCCCAGUGCCUUUACUUGCCAUUACGACAACGCUGACAACGACAGCUGCGGUUGCUGUCACUUGGAACUGGAACUGGAGCAGCGGGUGGCUGUUGCCAGCGGCGUUUGCCAACUGCUUGAGCUGGAGUCGUCGCCUGGGCCGCAGCAUAAAAUGGCAUUCUAGUUGGAGCUGGAGCUGAUGAAGAUGCAGCAGUAGCAGCAGCAGCAGCAGCAGCAGCAACACUCGUGGCAGUCACAGCAAGCUGAAUGACAGGCGCCCCGGCCUAGUUGGGGUUGCACUUAACUUGUGUGUAGUAGUGUUAAUGAUGAUGCAUUUAAUGUUUGUCUGGUGUGGUCGUGUGCUGUGCGUGUUUUGAAUGUAGGCAAAAUGUAGACGGUUAAUCAACUGAGAACUGUAUGCAGUGUAAAUAGCAAGCAGAGUCCUUUAAACACACGAGUAUUAUCUAUAAGAAUUUGAAAAGAAAACGCAAAAAAUAUUACAGCCUUGCUGACUAAAAAAAGUAUUAAGAGAAAACUUUUUAACACACACAAAACCAAAACAAAAAAUACAUAAGCUAGGCUCUCUCUAUAACAUAAUCAAAUACAUAUAUGUAUGCUAGCAAGCAAGUCAAGUUACUUAUAGAGACACUAGCAUAAACUCUGAAACUUCAUUUGCCAAGCUACCAAGUCUUUAAUUUAUUUUCGUUUGUGUGCUGCGUUGCUUAAAAUUAAUAAAUGACAAUGUUGCGUUUGCAUGUCAAGUUUAUUUAUCAUAGAAAAUUCUCUUCAAUGCAGGCAAAGUUUAUCAAGCAUACGCUCCCAAAAAAGUAUGCAAUGAAAAAAGUUUUUGCGAAUUGAGUGGAAAAGCGCUUUGUGGCAUAAAAAGUAAAAGACACACUAAACGUUUGAGCGUAGAGUGGGAGCGGCCUGCGUCCUGCGUCCUUUGUCACGCUUUGUUGACAAACUCAUUUGUAAUUCUUUCCGCUUAAAAUUCAACAAGCAUACACAUGACUAUAGUAUAUACGAUUUUAAAUCUAUAAAGCGCCGCAGCAAGUCCAGCCAAACGUAUUGUUUGUUUCACUUGCUUUUUCAGUUCAUGUACGUACUUUUAGGCUAAUAAUUAAAUAAUAAAAUGUGCGGCCUGCCACUGUAAAAUAUACU